AUGCCCAUGUACUUCUUCCUGGACAACCUCUCUCUGCUGGACCUCAGUCUCACCUGCACCAUUGUGCCCCAGCUGCUGGCCAACCUCUGGGGAGGAUACAAGACAAUAGCUGCCUGGGGCUGCAUCACACAAGUCUUUCUUUUCUGCUGGACAACCUCCACUGAAAGCGCCCUACUGGCCAUGAUGGCCAUUGAUCGUUAUGUGGCCAUCUGCCGGCCCCUCCAGUACACUCUCAUCAUGCGUUCCUGGGUCUGUGUGCAGAUGGCAGCUGCCUCCUGGUCCAGUGGCCUGGCCUAUGCUCUGCUCCAAGCCAUACUCACCCUGCAGCUCCCUCUCUGUGGGCACCACACCCUGGACCAUUUCUUCUGUGAGCUACCUGUGGUCCUCAAGCUGGCCUGUGGAGACACCUCUGCUAAUGAGCUGGCCAUCAUAUUGGCAUCUGUCCCUUUAGGAAUGGUGAGUCCUCUGCUAGUGAUCAUCUCCUACACCUUCAUUGCUAGAGCUGUACUGAAGCUGGCUUCAGCUGAAGGAAGACACAGGGCACUCAGCACCUGCAGUUCCCACUUGCUGGUGGUCACCAUGUACUUUGGACCAGGCCUGUACUUGUACCUCCAGCCUUCAUCUAAGAAUUCCCAGGUCAAGUUCAUGUCCUUUCUCUACUGUGUUAUCACCCCAAUGCUCAACCCACUCAUCUACACCCUGAGAAACAAGGAUGUGCAGACAGCAUGGAAGAGGAUCCUGCAAUCCCAGGGUGGGGUGAUAUUUUAA